AUGACCAACACACCACGAAGUCCGUCGACCAAGAGCCAGGCUAGUCUUCGAGACACUGGCUUCCCUGAGCCUUUCAACGGAGAACGCAACACUACGCUCCCGCAUCCCGACGCCAACCUUUCGCCCAACGCAGUCAUCUCGCAGGAGGAUCUCGCUGGAAAUCGAGCCCGUACACGACGUUCUUUCCUGCAAAAGCAUAGACGCACCAUCAGCCAUGGACGCAUCACUCCUCAAAUGGAGGCACUCUACAGCAGCGAAGCCCUAGCCGAAGCCGAAGCCGCCAUCCUCGAAGCAGACGUCCCGUCCAACACCAGCCAGUCUAGUUUGCCGGCCGCGGGACGCAUGAGCAGAGACGAUGCCGAGAGUAUGCUUUCCCACAGCGGUGGCGACCUUUCGCCCGUCACGUCGGCUCAGAGCAACGGACGCAAAGGCAGCCUGUUUAGAAAGCUUGGCUGGAAGAAGCCGUAG